AUGGCCCGCGAAGUGGUCUCGAGAUGCGUUGCUCUCAUCGCCAACGCGCUGUCCUUAAACGACAACCGGUUUCGAUGGCUACGGCAGGGAAACCUCUGGCCCCGAGUCUCUUCAGUUUCGCUCCUCCAGCAACUGCGGUCAAACGACAAGGCCAUAUUUGGCCCGGGAAUGAAGGAGCUGCUAGUGUUCUAUGGCACCUCAAUCACAACUCUUCAGUGGCUUCUGAGAAUUAGGCAUGCGUUCCGGAGAGGGGACCGUCAGAAGCUCCUUAAGCAUUGUUCGGACAGAGGGCACAGCAACUGGGACCCGAUCGAGUUUCCAGAUUGGCUGCUUCUGGAGAUUGAAAGCAACCUCCUCAUUCGUCGUGAGCAGGUUGAGGUUGCCAACGCAAUCAUCUCUCCGCCUUCGUCCGCGAACUCUGUGCUGCAGCUCAACAUGGGAAAAGGGAAAACAUCUUGCAUCGUGCCAAUGGUCGUUGCCGUUCUUGCAGACUCAAAGCAACUUUGCCGGCUCAUCGUGCCAAAAGCCUUGCUGCUCCAGACUGCCCAGACUUUGCAGUCCAAGAUCGGAGGCUUGCUUGGACGUGAGAUGAGGCAAAUUCCGUUCUCUCGACGCACCCCUUCGAGCUCGGACAUGCAGAAGCUCUACGUCGAUCUUCAUCGAGACAUUCUUGGCCGCUCCGGUGUCAUUCUCGCCAUUCCAGAGCACAUAAUGUCAUACAAGCUGAGUGGAUUCCAGAAGCUCGCCGACUCCAAGCUCAAGGAAGCUCGCGAGAUGAUGGCCAUCCAAUCUUGGUUGACCAAGACUUGUCGUGAUGUGCUCGACGAAUCAGACUUCACGUUGGCAGUCAAGACGCAGUUGAUCUACCCAAGCGGACAGCUCGUGCCCGUAGAUGGGCAUCCCGAUCGCUGGAAGGUAGUCCAGGGCCUUUUAACACUCGUACACGACAAUCUGGCUGAUCUGCGCAAACGGUUUCCUCAUAGGAUCGAGGUGGUUGAACGAGCGCCUGGUUUUCCCAUGAUUUACAUUGUGCAAAGCGAGAUUGAGGACACGCUCCGCAGCAGAGUCACCGACACAGUUUGCGACGGACACACUUCGAUUCUUCGCCUGCCCAGCUCCUACACCGAUGCUUGCAAGGCGUGUUUGAGGCGGGUCCUAACCGAGGACAAUCCGGACCCCGAGGACUUUGCAAGUUUGUCAAAAGAGUUCGCCGCAAAGCCAUCGCUGUUCAAGAACGCUCUGAUUAUUCGAGGCCUCUUGUUGAAGGGAAUUCUUCUCCUCUGCCUCAGGAAGAGAUGGAAUGUCCAAUACGGGCUGCAUCCGAAGAGGGAUCCUCUUGCAGUUCCCUUUGAGGCAAAAGGAGUGCCGUCCGAGCAAGCCGAGUUUGGCCAUCCCGAUGUUGCCAUAAUCUUCACCUGCUUGUCCUUUUACUACGCAGGCCUCACGAUCCACCAGUUCCAGGAAGGACUGGGGAGAGUGCUCAAGUCUGAUGACCCAGCCUCAGAGAACCGGGAUUGUAUGAUCGCAACGAGCCAUGGAGCGCGGCUUACUGAGGAGGAACUACUCAAGCACCUGUCCAACGCAAAAAUUCGGCUGUUGAUCGAUGCUGGGGCCUACAUUCUGGAGAUGGACAACCAAAGUCUUAUCAAGAAAUGGUUAGAGAAAGACACGGAUGCAAAGGCAGGAGUUUUCUUUGGCACGCAUGACAACCGAGCCUGGGUUCGGUACCGAGAUGGAAAGGAAAUCCCUCUUCUAGCCACGCCAUUUGCCGAAAGCCUGCAGGAAUGCCUCGUCUACUUGGACGAAGCCCAUACUCGUGGUACUGACCUCAAGCUCCCACCACACGCCCGCGGGGCUCUCACCUUGGCUCUGGGGCAGACCAAAGAUCACACAGUUCAAGCUGCCAUGAGGCUUCGGCAACUGGCCACGACACAGUCCGUCACUUUCUGCGCUCCACCAGAGGUCUACCGCAGCAUCUUGGAUCUGCGUCGCAAAAAGGACGGGAUGCGAAUCAGCUCAUUUGAUGUCGUCCAUUGGUUGCUCGAGCAGACGUGUCGAAACAACGAGCAGUUGCGCAGCCUCUUCAAUGCCCAAGGCAUCGACUUCUGUCGCCGGACAAGUGCCGCUCGGCAAUACCCCAAGUUCCUCUCGGAAGAAGCACACACAUCGGCCCUCCUAGAAGUUAUCAGAUCUCCCGAAGAGAUUAUGCUUGAUGAACUAUACGGGAGCGCCGCACAGACCCCGAGGAACAAUGCACCGGAGAGCUUCCACUCUAGCCUUCGCGGGAUUGCAAGUUCACUCAUGGAGGAAGUAGAACAGGAGCGAGAAGUAGAAUUCCAGGUUGAACAAGUCCGCCAAUUCCAGAAACCUCAUCACUACAAGAGCCUCCGCUUCUCCGGUCUGCAUCCGGCCAUCUCAUCGUUUGUCCAGACGGGACUGCUCGACGGAGAUUCGGGGUUCGAGUUGGUGUCUACCUUUCUUGCAAACACAGGCCUGGGCAGGGUGGCAAACCACUCAAUCCCAGCAACGGUUGCUCAAUAUAGUUGA